GUGAAGAAGAAAUCAGGGCUGAGUUCGAAGCCAAGCCAACUAGGCAACAAUGAACAAGUCACCAGCCUCUGCAGGAUCAGGCCUCUUGGAACUGCAGCUAGGGUUCCAAGAACCGGUUUGCCUCCUUGUUAUCCUCUUUACCAUGUUUACCUGCUUCAUCUCAAAGGUUCAGACAUUCCUCCCUGGUUCUUGGCAACACUGCAAUUGCCUAGUCACCAAGAUCUCCACACAGGUUCUCUCUGACAGAAAGGUAUCUAAGAAUCUGAUUAAGCACAAAGAUGAUGGGGUAGAGAUGGCACAUGAAGAUGUUGGGUCUGUGUUGAGAAACAUGGGGCUCAGUUUUGAUCAAGGAAGAACUGCAGAUUACAGUGUGAUUGGAGUUAACUGCAUGCCAAAUCUGUUCGUUGACGAUGAACCGAGCCUGAACGAAGUGAAGCAGGCAUUUUUGGUGUUUGAUGAGGACAAUGAUGGGUACAUCAAUGCAUUGGAUUUGUGUAGAGUUCUUGGGAAUUUAGGACUAAGAGAAGGUAUUGAGGUUGAUGAGUGUGAGAAAAUGAUUGCCAAAUAUGACAUGAACAAAGACGGGAGGAUAGAUAUGGUAGAGUUCAUUAGGGUUCUGGAGGCCAGUUUUUGAAUUUUGAUAAACCAGUUCUUGUGUUUAUUUCAAGAACUCGCAGGAGAGUUGUGCCAUUUUAUCUCCUUUGUGUACUUGUUUUCUCUUCAAUGCGAUUCUAAGCAAUGAUUUUUUAGAACAAAGUGCUGAAUAAGAAUGGUUAUGCAUAGUGCCAGCACCUUGAUUUUAAAAAAAAUGUUUGUGCUUGGCCUGAAAUUAUUUCAUCCUGAAUUUUCUGUACUUGAUUAAAAAAGAAGAGUUGUGAACAGUGCUAG